GACAGGGGGCGUUUACAGUACCCUUCUACCUCACUGCCCUUCCAACAGCAUCGCUCACCUUCAGCCGGACUGACGCACCCCAAAAGACAGAAAAGGCAGACAUCUUAUAUCUCUUUCAGAGAAGCGGAGGGCACAUUUUCAUCUGUUUUUUUAAUGAUGUAGGCCGGUCGUUUGGCGUUUUGACGACUAAUUAGCGCCGUUCCUACUCACUGCGACACGGAAACGCCGCUAGCUUCGUUUGCCUUUUCGACUUAAAUAGUCUAGAAAAAACAAAGUAAGAGCAACCGAAGCUUUUUUACAGUCUCUUUGGAAGAAGAAGGAGCGAGCUGUGUGGAUCUCUCGUCGUGUAUAUUGUUUUGUUCUUUUCUCGACGCCUCGGCUCCAGGCCGCCACCAGCAUCUUCGUCAGCAUCCCCCUCCUCAUCCUCUUCAUCCUCCUCCUCCAACCUGCGCCAUGGCCGACGUCCCAGCCGAGUGCAACAUAAAAGUGCUGUGUCGCUUUCGCCCUCUCAACCAGUCCGAGAUCAUUCGGGGGGACCUCUUUCUGCCCAAAUUCCAAGGAGAUGACACUGUCGUCGUCGCGGGCAAGUCCUACGUGUUUGAUCGCGUUUUUCCAACCAACACCACCCAGGAGCAAGUGUACAACACCUGUGCAAAGCAGAUUGUAAAGGAUGUGCUGGGUGGCUACAAUGGCACCAUCUUCGCGUAUGGACAAACCUCUUCUGGCAAGACUCAUACCAUGGAGGGCAAGCUGCACGACCCUCACCAGAUGGGCAUCAUCCCUCGCAUUGCAGAGGACAUCUUCAACCACAUCUUUGCCAUGGAUGAAAACCUGGAAUUCCACAUCAAGGUUUCAUAUUUUGAAAUCUACAUGGACAAAAUCCGGGACUUGCUGGAUGUGACAAAGACCAACCUGUCUGUCCAUGAGGAUAAAAACCGUGUGCCAUAUGUCAAGGGAUGCACCGAGCGCUUCGUCUCCAGCCCGGAUGAGGUUAUGGACGUGAUUGACGAGGGCAAAUCAAACCGGCAUGUUGCCGUUACCAACAUGAAUGAGCACAGCUCUCGCAGCCACAGUAUCUUCCUAAUCAACAUCAAGCAGGAGCACGUGGAGACCGAGCAGAAGCUUUGCGGCAAACUCUAUCUGGUGGACCUGGCAGGAAGCGAGAAGGUCAGUAAGACGGGGGCUGCAGGAGCCGUGCUGGAUGAGGCCAAAAACAUCAACAAGUCUCUGUCAGCCCUGGGAAAUGUCAUCUCGGCCUUGGCCGAGGGCACGAAAAGCCACGUGCCAUACCGUGACAGCAAAAUGACCCGCAUCCUGCAGGACUCUCUCGGUGGGAAUUGUCGCACCACCAUGUUCAUCUGCUGCUCACCCUCCAGCUAUAAUGACGCAGAGACUAAGUCCACACUGAUGUUUGGACAACGUGCUAAGACUAUUCGAAACACGGCCUCCAUCAACUUGGAACUGACAGCUGAACAGUGGAAGAGGAAGUACGAAAAGGAGAAGGAGAAGAACAAGACGUUGAAGGACAGCAUCCAAAAGCUGGAGGCUGAGCUCAACCGCUGGAGGAAUGGAGAGAAUGUACCCGAGACGGAGAGGACCCAACCGGAGAUCGUGACCCAUUAUGAGUCGGUGGAAGAGCGGCCCAUCCUAGAUAAUGACACCUCUUCCAUUGUGGUCCGCAUUUCUGAGGAGGAGCGCCAAAAAUAUGAAGAGGAAAUCCGUAAACUGUACAAGCAACUGGAUGACAAGGACGAUGAGAUCAACCUGCAGUGUCAGCUGGUGGAGAAACUGAAGCAGCAAAUGUUGGAUCAGGACGAGCUCUUGGCGUCUUCACGUGGGGAUGGCGACAAAGUGCAGGCGGAGCUCGGCAGGCUGCAAGUGGAAAGCGACUGCGCUAAGGCGGAGGUGAAGGAGGUGCUACAGGCUCUGGAGGAGCUGGCUAUCAACUAUGACCAAAAAAGCCAGGAGGUGGAGGAGAAAGGGUUGCAAAACCAACUGCUGGCCGACCAGCUGUCCCAGAAAAUGGCGAGUUUGAUGGAGCUGGAGGCGGAGCUAUCUCGCAUGCAAGAAGUGAGCGGUCAGCAGAGGAAGCGUAUUGCCGACGUGCUCAAUGGGCUGAUGAGGGACCUGAGCGAGUUCAGCUCCAUUGUGGGCAAUGGCGAAAUCAAGCUGCCGGUGGAGAUCAGCGGCGCCAUCGAGGAGGAGUUCACAGUGGCGCGCCUCUACAUCAGCAAGAUCAAAUCCGAGGUGAAGAGCAUGGUUAAACGUUGCCGGCAGCUGGAGAACAUGCAGCUGGAGUGCCACCGCAAGAUGGAGGAGACUGGGAGAGAGCUCUCCUCCUGCCACCUUCUCAUCUCUCAGCAUGAAGCUAAGAUCCGCUCGCUGACUGAGUACAUGCAGAGCGUAGAGCAUAAGAAGAGGCUGCUGGAGGAGAGUCACGACUCUCUAAGCGAAGAGUUGGCCAAGUUGCAAGACCAAGAUAAUUCUCUUCUGGAGGACAAAGAUGGAGAAAAGGGAGAGACUGCAGAUGGAAAUGUGAAGAAGAUCACACGCCAGCAGGGCGAAUCUCACCGUGGCCUCCAUCACAAGCAGCUGGCACGUCUGCGUGAUGAGAUCAAUGAGAAACAGAGGCUCAUCGACGAACUCACCGAUCGCAAUUCCAAGAUGGAGCUGGAGCUGGCUCAGGUUCGCUCCGACUUUGAGCGUCUGAAGAGUCAGGACAAUACCAAGAGCGAGCGCCUGGAGGAGCUCUCAUUCCUGCACGAGCGCCAUGAGCAGACUAAACAGGAUUUGAAGGGUCUGGAAGAGACUGUCGCCCGCGAACUCCAGACCCUCCACAACCUUCGCAAGCUGUUUGUUCAAGACCUCACGUCGCGGGUUAAAAAAAGUUCCGAAAUGGAACCUGAUGAUAGCGGGGGGUCUUGCACCCAGAAGCAGAAGAUUUCCUUUCUUGAGAAUAACCUGGACCAACUUACAAAGGUUCACAAACAGCUGGUUCGUGACAAUGCAGAUCUGCGUUGUGAGCUUCCAAAGCUGGAGAAACGUCUUCGGUCUACUGCUGAGAGAGUUAAGGCCCUGGAGACUGCACUGAGGGAUGCCAAGGAGGGCGCCAUGAUGGACCGCCGUCGCUACCAGCAGGAAGUUGACCGCAUAAAAGACGCCAUGAGGGCGAAAAACGCCCUACGACGCCCUCAUGCCGCGCAAAUUGCCAAGCCCGUGAGGCCGAAGCAAAUGCCUGUCUGCUCUCCCAGCAACCCAUUCUACUCGUACAUCCGGGCCACCGAGCACGCCAACACGUACAGCAACGCCGUCUUUCAGAGCAACAUGACGCCGAACAACUCCGCCAGCAUCAACUGCAACCCGAACUCUGUUCAGACCAACACAGUUUCAACAGCAUUGGGCUACCGAGCGGGCAGAUACAGUGGCGACAUACUGGAAUCCUUCCCACUUAACAUUGACAACGCAGGAAACAGCAUCAGUGAUUCAAGAGACAUCAAUGACAACAGGAGUGAUGUGCACUGUGGCAGCGAGGUGGAUGAUUCAAAUAGACACUUCAUCGUUCACCAGGAGACAGCUGCAAGUUAAUACCAAGGUGAUGACCAAACACUGUACAUGUUCGAGGAACCGCGCCCUCUACCCCACCAAUCUGCAUGCUGCCUUCCCCCACCGCAUCGCCAAUGACUAUGAUGACGAUGGUGA